CCCGGCCCGGCGCGGUGCGGCUCCGUUGGACCGGCGCGGUGGGCCCGGUGGGCCCCGGCGAUGGCGGUGCCGGCGGCGGCGGAGGCGGUGCCUGGCCGGCAGCGGGCCUUGGCCGCCGGCUCGCCCGUGGAUUACAUGAGCAUCACCAGCUUCCCGCGGCUGCCCGAGGAGGAGCCGGGCGGCGCGGCCGAGAGCAGCCUCCGCGCCCGCAAGGAGGAGGACGCGUUCCUGGGCGAGCAGGACACGGACCCAGACUCCUUCCUGAAGUCUGCACGUCUCCAGCGCCUGCCCUCAUCCUCCUCGGAGAUGGGAAGCCAGGACGUGUCCCCUCUCCAGGAGACCAGCAAGGACCCUUUCUCUGGAGACUGCAGCUGCCGGCAGGAUGGGCUGACUGUCAUCAUCACUGCCUGCCUGACCUUCGCCACGGGCGUCACGGUGGCCCUCAUCAUGCAGAUCUAUUUUGGGGACCCUCAGCUCUUCCACCGUGGCGCCGUGGUGACGGACGCGGCGCCCUGCACGGCGCUGGGCACGGAGGUGCUGGGCAGGCAGGGCUCCUCGGUGGACGCAGCCAUCGCCUCAGCCCUCUGCGCAGGCAUCGUCAACCCCCACACCUCAGGGCUUGGAGGGGGUGGGGUGAUGCUGGUCCACGACAUCCGGAAGAACAGGAGCUGGGUGAUUGACUUCCGUGAGGUGGCUCCCCUGGGCAUCCCUUUGGAAGGGGACCUGCAGCAGGACACCAAGCCAGGUCUGCUCGUGGGGGUGCCAGGCAUGAUACAAGGGAUGCACCAGGCACAUCAGUUACAUGGCAGACUCCCGUGGUCCGAGCUGCUGGACCUCGCAGCUGGUGUUGCCCAGAACGGCUUUAAUGUCACACAUGAUUUGGCCAAAGCCCUGAGUGAACUGAAGGACCUGAACUACUCUGACCGAUUCCGGGAGCUGUUCCUGCCGGAUGGGCAGCCCCUCCUGCCUGGCACGUUUGUCCGGCGCCUGGAUCUCGCGGCCGUCCUGGAGCUGGUGGGGGCAGAAGGGGUGUCAGCCUUCUACAGCGGAAACUUGACCCAGGAGAUGAUCUCUGAGGUCAACAACUACGGUGGAGUCUUGGUGGAGGAAGACUUCAGCAAUUACAGUGUCACAGUGGAGGAUCCCAUCCACACAGUCUAUCGAGGUCACCUUGUUUUCAGCCCCCCACCUCCACAUGCAGGUCCUGCACUGAUCACAGCACUGAACAUCCUCGAGGGCUUUAACAUCACAAGCAAAGGAUCCAGGGGGAAUAACUUGCACUGGAUAGCAGAGACGUUAAAAAUAGCCCUGAGUCUAGCGAGCAACCUGGGAGACCCGUCUGGUGACAUGUCCAUCGCUCACACAGCAGAAGGGAUGGUGAGUAAAUCAGAAGCUAAUUCCCUACGCCAGCUGAUUAAUGACUCCCAGUCCUUCCCAUCCGAUCUCCACAUCCCUCACUUCUCCGUGGAGAGCGGCCCAGCUGCCAGCCAGGUCCUUGUCAUGGGGCCCGACGACUUCAUCAUCACAGUUGUGAGUUCUUUGAAUCGUCCCUUUGGCAGUGGAAUCAUAACACCCUCUGGAAUCCUCCUCAACAGCCAGAUGUUGGACUUCUCCUGGCAAAACAAAGCAAUGAACCACUCCAUUUCCAGGCCGCAAAAUCUCAUUCAGCCUCGGAAACGGCCCCUGUCCUUCUUGCUGCCCACCAUUGUGAGGCCUUCUGAGGGCAUGUGUGGGACGUACCUGUGUCUGGGGGCCAACAACGGGGAGAGAGCCUUGAGCAGCAUCGUCCAGGUUUUGGUAAAUGUUUUAACAUUUCACAAGAAUCUGAGUGAAAGUUUGUCACUUGGUCGACUUCACCCACAGCUUCAGUCCAACACCUUGCAGGUUGACAGUGAGUUUCCUGAAGAAGAUAUAGAAUUUCUUGUAGCCAGGGGCCACCAGGUGGAUAAAGUCCCAGUGGUCUCCCUAGUUCACGGAGCCAGGAGAACCAACAGUUUCAUCAUUGGCCUGAAGGACCCCAGGAGUGCAGAUGCUGCUGGAGCCACAAUAUUGUAGCACCUCCCAGGUGACCUGUUGUCUGAACAAUGCUGACACACACCAACCCAAGUGAUGUGCAUGUUCUGAAGUGGCCUCUUCUCCAGCCCUGGGGGAGCCCCACCCAGAUGUUCUGCACUCACCACCCCAGGCAGCACCAGGGAAGUCAGCAGCACCAACAUGCAGCUCCCUGCUCUUGUUUUGUGGUUUUUUUUUUUAUUUUUCAUUUAUUUGCAUUGCAAGCAGCCCAGUCCUUGUUACAGGAAUGCCAGGAGCACACUUUUCUUUUGGGAGAAUCUUGCUAAUAAUUUCAGUCUUUCCAAAGCCAAGUUCUAGAACAUUAGCAAAGGAAAAAACAGUUGAUGAUGAUGCUGAUAUCUUCACUUCCCUAUCUUUCCCAGAGCAAUGGUUUUCAACACCUCUAACAAAUUCUUCCUCUAACAACUUGUACACCCCCCAAUGGUUUUCUUAGAGAGGUUCAGCCUCCUCCGUGGUAAAUUUGAGCUUGGUGGUAAUGGGCUUAAUUUUCUUAGACACCUUUUGGAGAUAUUCUAGCAGUACUCCACAGAUUUGUGAAAAACCACACACCACAGACUGCAAACCAUAUGGAGAACAUUUGGGUAUGUUCAGGGCCUUCCUUCCACUGCCUUAUCUCAGUCUACUCCGAAAGUCUAAAUCAGGUCAUUCCUACAGAGAAGCUUGGGAUUUUCUGCCGACUGAAUUCAUGGCAGUACUCUAGCUCCAUGUUUUUGUACUGGUGAGUCUAUUGGAACAGCUGAAGAGAGUGAGAGAAAAUGUACAAACCAACUCAAACACUACUGAGAUCAUUUUCUGUCUGCAGCAUGUAGUGAAAAUACAAGAAUGCUUCUGCAUUUCAUGUCUGAAAUCAAGUGAAGAAAGAACACCCCAGCUGACAGCUGCACCACUUCAGUCAGCCCAUGUUUGGACAUUUCCUGUUCUUUUUACUGGCAACUUAGAGACACCUGGCACUAAAAAAUUCCUGAGUGAUAAUUUUCUGUGGUCUAAAAUUUGUUGAUUUCCUUCAUGGUGCAAAUGCAUCUAUGGCCACUGUACAUAUUAUAUAUGUAUGUCUGCUUAUGGUUCUCUUGCUCCUUGAUUUGAUGAUCACACCAGUCACACCUGACCUUCCUCCCAAGGGUCUCUGUGACACCCAUGUGUUUGUAACUCACCCUCUGACACUUGUGGCCAUUGGACAUGGGGAGCAGGUGGGUCGUUUUGGGGCAGUUGGGGCCCCAUGGCAGAUAAAUCAGACUAAUCAUUCCUGCCAUCCGCCAGCCGUGGAUCUCAGAACAUCCUACGUGAAGCCUCACGUGUGGGGCUGAGCAAGGACAGAGGUGUUUUCAUGCUCUGCUGAAGAGCAGCCACCCCUGAGAGGAGCAUGGCAGUGCCAGCCAAUGGCAACACCAGUGCUGUUUGCUGUUCCAAAUCCCCUCAGCUGGGACGGGGGUGCAGCACUUCAGAACGUUGUCUUUGGCACAUUGUGUUCCGUGCCACCAAGAAGAGACUUUCUUCACCACAGGGACACCAAUCUAUUUAUUUAUUUUUCUGUCGUCAGCACUAGAGUUGGUCACUGCCCAAAGCUGGAGUGUUCAUAACACUUCACGUGUCUUGGAGCAGACCUUAUCAGGCUCCACAGGAAGGGAAGGUGGCAAUUCCGUGUGUUGAACCUCACUGGGGGAGAUCUGGGUGUUUCUGGUCUGUCCCAGACCAGAUCUGCCCCUCCGGCACAGAGAUUCACUGUGCUCAGCUGCAAAAUACCUGAUCAGUUGUCACAGCAAUACUUUGCAUGAAAUAUCACAAAACACUUUGAAAGAUGAAAUUCCUCCUUAUUAACUGAAUUCACCAACUUCCGAUGCUGGAAACUGUGUAUAUGUUUGGCAGUAAAAAGACUUUGGUCUUGAUUCAAAAGGGCAUUCAUGUGCCCCGAGGUACAAUUUCGCAGCAAUUAUUCAUAAUCUUAAAAUAAAGCAUGUUCCAAAGUG